AUGGUUUCAGAGACAUUUAUCACUGAAUUGGCUACGUCAGCAGAGAAAAAUCUGGGGUGCACUGGGCACUUGCUUAGAACCAUCAGCUAUACCAGCUUCAUUUUCCUUAUGUUACAAGUGUCUUUUCAAAUUGCUUUCUACUACUUACCACCUAAUGAUUUUUUUUGGGAGGAAGUGCUGUCACAUUUUGGUAUUGUACGGUUUAGCAGGCUUGAUGCUGGAAACAUUAUACAUCUUUUGGCUCCUGACAUUGGAAUGUUUCUUUUUGGUCUGACUGUCAUGCUGCUUUGCCGUAAGACAGUGAAACUCAACAACUGGGAAAGUGAGCUUCCAUCUGGAGACCAUGAUCAGUUCUCUUCGGAUGAGGAAGAAGACAUGAAAGAGACGGAAUCUGAAGCAGAAACUGAAGAUACUGAGGACAUAGACAUUGGUUGUCUGUUUGAAAAGGAUUGUUUAAGAUGCUGCCAUUCAGGUUUCCUUCUGAAAUUCACUUUGUUCCUAACAGACUUGGAGAUUCUGUGUGAAGACACACUUAGAACUGCUGGCAAAGUCUUCAUUAUGCUUCUGUUAGGCUCAACAGAGCACACAAUAUAUUCUGAAACCUCACAAGAAGUUAAUGAAAAAUGUAACAUGGAAAAAAAAUCUAGUGCAUUCUUAGCAUUGGCACAAUUCAUUGCAAAUCAGAGCUAUGUCAUUGCAUUGAUUACUAUGAUGGUUUGGAGUAUCACCUACAACAGCUGGCUAACUUUUGUUCUGCUAAUCUGGUCCUGUAUAAUUUGGAUGGUACAUGACCGUCAUCUCUAUGCCUUGCGCAGUUUACCUUUUCUUGUCAUCUAUGGAAAUGUACUGGUGAUUCUUAAUUUUAUUGUGGGACUGAAUCUUUCGCAAGAGGAAUUAUUUCCAGGAGUAGCAACUUCAUUACUCAUUGACUUAGAUUUGAAACCUUAUUCUCUUCCCUGUGUCCAUCUGGGAGCCAAGAUUUUAUAUCAGUUAACUUUCUGGUUAUUGUUGAGGCAGUAUGUGAUGCAAAUACAGAAGCAAAAAGAGGAGGAAUUUCUUAAAGAAGUGAUAGUACAUCAAACUGAAAUGGGCACAUCGCAAAAUCCGAUUAUAGAAAUACUCAGUUCUAUAUUUAAGAGGAUCCUAGUAAAAUACUGGAUAUACUUCUGUUCCAUCAUGUUCUUUAUUGUCAGCUUCAAAGGCAAAGUGGUCCUGUAUAAAAUUCCUUACGUUAUAUUUUUUCUGUUCUGUGUGGCUUUAUAUCAGAUUCAUUAUGAAGGAUGGCGACGAAUCCUGAAGGGAUUUUGGCUGAUAAGUGUCUCCUAUUCAAUGAUAAUCCUCAUUGCUUUAUAUACUUACCAGUUUGAGAUGGUUUCUGAUUUUUUCCUAAAAUCUUUGGAAAUAUCAGAGGAAAGAUUAAAAGAUGUGGGCCUUGAGUGGUUCAACACAAAGGAACUUUUUACAAAGAUUAUAUUACUCUGUGCCUUUCUUCUGGUUUGUAUUGUUCAACUGCAUUAUUUCCAUAAAGAUUUCCUGAAUAUCACAGAUCUGACCAAUAUUUCUGUGAAUCCAUCUUCUUCAUCUGCCAGUGACAAGCAAAUGGAAAUUCUUGUGUGUCUUUUGGCUAAUAGGGUUAAAGAAACACUCCAAAAACUGCAAAGUGGGCUGGCUCCUGAGCCAUUACAAAAGUCUUUUCCAGAUGGACUGGACAAGUCUGAGAAUACCACAGAAAAUGAGGUAAAGAGGAACAAAUGGGCAGAAGAGGUAGACAAUUUGGCACUUUGUCUUCUGAAGAUCAUAGCAAUAGCUCAGGAUAUGCAGGUGUUUGCAUGGAGAUUUCUGGAGCUGCACAUCCUUAAGAUUGUGUCCACUUGCACUAUCUGGAUCACACUUCAAGAGGUGUGUUUGAUGAAUUAUGUUUUCUUUAUUGUGUGGACAUUUGCUAUUCCUUAUUCCAAAUUUCGUCUGUAUGCCUCAAGAAUCUGUACAUUUUGGUCUUGUGUGAUGGUCAUCUGUAAAAUGUUAUAUCAGCUAAAAUUUAUCAAGCCCUGGAAUUAUUCCUCAAACUGCACUCAGGUCAGUGAUCUGCAUUUGAAUAUAACUUACCAUUCUAUCAAUGUUGAUGAGCUUUUGGAGAAAUCAUCUUUGUACGUAGCACCAAUUGACCCAGCACUUUGGAUUGGAGGGCUGAUGAAGUGCAGUGACAAUAUUUUUCUUUCUCUAAAGAACCAUCUCACCAUUCUGAUUCUGAUGGCUUUAGAAGCAACUGUGUAUCGCCACCAAUAUUUUUACUGGACUCAGAAUCAAAUAUUACCACCUGUCACAGGUAGCCUUUUUAAUAAUAUUGGCCGGGAGAACUUGGACGAAGGGCUACUCAACUGCAUUAAAUACUGUCUCAACUAUAGUUUUUACAAAUUUGGACUGGAGAUAUGCUUUGUGGCGGCAGUUAAUGUGAUUGGGCAACGCAUGGACCUCUAUGCACUUAUCCAUGCAAGUUGGCUGACUUACCUGUUGAGCUACCGUCAGAGGAAAGCAAUAGCCCAAGUCUGGCCAAAAUACUGUUUCUUCCUUGCCAGCAUUGUGGCCUUUCAGUAUUUGCUUUGUAUUGGUCUCCCACCUGCUUUGUGCCAAGAUUAUCCAUGGAGAAGUUCCCAUUGGUUGUUCCCAUCAAAUCUGAUUAAGUGGCUUUAUCUGCCUGAUUUUGCUGAAAGACCCAAUACUAAUUUUCUCCUGUAUGAUUUCCUUCUUCUGCUUUUUGCUUCCUUACAAUGGCAAGUUUUUGAAGAUGAGGAUCAGCUUGUAGUCAGGCUGCAAGCUGGAGAUAACUCAGAGAUUAAUCAAGAUUUGGGCCCAGCAGGUCUCAGUGAAUUCAGUUGGGUACCAAACUUUAUCCAUUGCAGAUCUUAUUUGGAUCUGAUGAAAGUGCUUAUAUUCAAGUACCUCUUCUGGAUUGCCCUUUGCCUAAUUUUUGUGACUGCGACAGCCAGGAUCAAUAUUUUCUCUGUGGGCUACUUUGUUGCCUGCUUUUACUUUAUGCACUUUGGACGAAGCCUUCAGCUGAAGCCCCUCAGAGACAUUCUUAGACCAUGGGACUACUUGAUUGGCUACACUACUUUGGUUAUAACAGUAAAGAAUCUUCUUGCUAUUGGAUCAUGUGCAUACCUUAAUAAAUUACAAAUAAACUAUUGUUGGCUAAUUCAGACCUUUGCUAUGUAUUGCACAAUACCAGGAUAUGAAGUAGAUCCACCUAAUAAUGAGAUAUGUGAAUUGCCCAAAAAUGAAGCAGGAAUACUGUGGGAUGCAGUAUGUUUCACAUUCUUGCUGAUUCAGAGAAGAGUUUUUAUGAGCCACUAUUAUCUCUAUAUUGUGACUGAUCUCAAGGCUACAGAUUUCUUAGCCUCCAGGGCAGCUGAGAUGUUUGAGUUGAAGCUGGAAAAAAAGGUGACUUCUCGGAUGGAACAAGAUAGAAAAGCAACGGAAAUCAUGAAAAAGCACACUCAUCACAAAUACGGAAAUGUGGUACAGAUUAUUGUGAAAAAAAAUAAGCUCAAAUUUCAGAUAUCUUGUACUUUAGGCUUCAUAGGAAGAAUAUAUGCUCAAUUCUACAUUGGAGAUGAUACCAGCGAGAUAGAAAAAAAGAAUAAAAAUAAUUGGUGGCAGCCAUGGGUGACACAUAAUUCAGUGAUUCGAAGUGGGAGCUAUUGCCUUUUUGAUACAGAUAGUGAAGAUGAAGAAGAACAUGAACACUCUGAAAUGAAAAAAAAAGAAUUAUUUAAAAAGAAAACAGCAUGGCAGCUUGCAUAUGAAGCCUCGAUGAGGAAUACAAAAUCAGCUCAAAAUAUGAGAGAGCAAGAUGAAAUCAGUAGUCAAAAAAAUACCAAAGAGGAGGAAAGGAAAAACGAGCAAUUGCCAGGGAUUGAAAAAGCUAAUGUCAGUUUGGAAUCCUCUGAUGAAAAUAUCGAGAUACUGGCUUCUGAAGAGGACUUGGAUAAAUCAGAAAGUAUUGUGCAAAGAAUAAUCAACAUUAUUAAGCUUAUCUCCAUCUUGAUGCAUGCAUUGAUGUAUGGAACUAUAGAAGCCCUUAAUUCCCUUGUUAAAGAUAAUUUGGACAUUGCUAAUGCAUUGAGGAUGGAAAAACAUAUUCUUUGGCAGCAGAUGAACGAGGGAAAUGAGGUUUCAGUAGAUAUGGUUCUACAACAUUACAGAUUUGAGAAUAAUCAGUCAGUUUAUGGAGAAUAUAAAGCCAAAGUAAUAAGAACUGAGGAAAGCCAAGGCAAGGUAUCUGAAUCUCCACCAACUGAGAAUACCGAGCCUUCAUCUCUGCAACUCAGGAGAGCCAGUGAAACUGACAAAGAUGUAAUGGGGACUGAGAAGAUAGAAGGGGAAAAUGAAAAAGGAGCCCUCUCCCAAGGAUUCACUCUGACCACUUCCUGUGCAGAACCUGCCGUUCUUUCCAGCUCUCCAUCAGAAAUUCAAGAGUCUGCAGAUUCCUUGUUUACUAGAAGUCCAAAAGCCAACAAGCCAUUAGGUGAAAUAUCUCCUAUGAUGACAACCAGUGAGCUGGUGCUUAACAGCAUUCUUCAUAACAAUGAGCUGGAGCAGUCCGAUAAAUUUUACCAGUGCCUUCCUUGUCCCUUGAAGCUUGGAGUUGCUUUGUACCAUGUUAUGGUCUCUACAUCAGAAAUGCUUUGUUAUUUUGUUAUCAUUAUCAACCACAUGGUUUCUGCUUCCAUUCUUACUUCGGUUCUCUCCAUCUUGAUAUUCCUGUGGCCUAUGUUGUCCAUUCCAAGGCCUACCAAAUUCUUUUGGAUGAUAGCAAUCAUUUACACUGAGUUAUAUUGCAGUAUCAAUGCAGAAGCACCAUUUGCCUUGCCAAAUCUAAUUGGGAUGGAGAAGAAAGACGGAUAUGCACAGUAUGAUCUAGUGCAGCUCCUAGCCUUGUUCUUGCACAGGUACAUCUUGAAGCUUACCCCCAGUGUGCUUUGGAUUUAUCGGCCUAUCAAGCAAUUCUUCUAUGACAUCAUUUAUCCCAAGAGCAGUCCAGUCUGCGAUAUCUAUGGUUACAUCUUUAUUGCUGAUGUGAUUAAUUUUAUUAUUACCAUCUUUGGCUAUGGGGCAUUUGGGAAACAUUCGGAGGAUGAUUUCGCAGAAUCCCUUUUGGAAGAUGAAGUCCCUGUACCUUGGCUUGUGAUACUCUUGAUACAGUUUGGCACCAUGAUAAUUGAUAGGGCACUCUACCUAAGAAAGAACACGUUUGGGAAGUGUGUUUUCCAAAUGAUCUUGGUCUUUGGCGUUCAUAUUUGGAUGUGUUUCAUUUUGCCACAAGUAACACAAAGGAGAUUUAACAGGAAUAGAUUGGCUCAGGUGUGGUAUUUGGUCAAGUGCAUUUAUUUUGGUUUGUCUGCAUAUCAGAUCAAAUGUGGCUACGCAAAUCGGACCACAGGCCACUUUUUAACCAAGAAUUACAACUAUAUAAACCUCUACUUAUUCCAAGGAUUCCGCGUAAUGCCUUUCUUGAUUGAGCUGAAGGCUGCCAUGGACUGGAUCUGGACUGAUUCUACACUCAGCUUGUCCAGUUGGAUCUGCCUAGAGGAUAUUUAUGCAAAUAUUUUCAUUCUAAAAUGUCAGAGAGAAUGUGAAAAAAAAUAUCCCCAACCUCCUGGACAGAAGAAGAAACCAAUUUCUGCCUCGUACUUUAUAGAUCGGUAUAGCCCAGAGGACAUUGUAAUUGCUAAAAUAAAAGGCAAUGCCAGCCUGCUCUGGAGCAUCAGUCCAGGGAAUCGGAAAGCUAUGAUCGCAGAGCUCUCCAAUUCCUCUGCAGUUUAUGUCAACUUCCACUGGACACUUACCAGUAUACUUCCUGGUGUUCUACCAAAAUAUCUCAGAGCAACUAAUCAGGCAGAUGCUAAAAUAGCAAAUAGCUUGAAAGUUGAGCAGCACAGGCAUCUGUUCUUUAUCAGGGAGAAAGUGUGGGAAACAGAAAUUAACUUGCUUUCAACAGUUCAUUCCCAGAAGGUAGAAGACAUUGAUGCAAUGGCCUUCUUCAGAAAUAUAACCAUAAAGCUGCAGCGCUUGCCAGACAAGUCUUCAAGUCACGUUUCUGAAUGGUGGAUUGUUAAAGAGCAGAUACCUCUCUGUUUGGAUAACAGAUGCAGCAAGAAUAUGGAGAUUAUAAUUUGUAACGAUAAAGUUAGUCCUUCUGGCCUGGGAUUCAUCACUGGAUAUGGCAUUGCCGGUCUCUAUAUGUCGUUUGUUUUGGUUAUUGGGAAAUUCAUCCGACAGUAUUUCAAUGGUCUCUCACGUUCCAUCAUGUUCGAAGAGCUGCCCAAUGUGGACCGCAUCCUGAAACUCUGCACAGAUAUCUUCUUGGCCAGAGAGGCUGGAGAAUUGGAGCUAGAAGAGCAGCUUUUUGCUAAACUCAUUUUUCUGUACAGAUCACCAGAAACAAUGAUCAAAUGGACCAGAGAACGCAAGGAAAAAUAAAAAGCAGCUUGGAUGGGAGAUUACCACUAAGAAACUCUACAAAAAACAGGGCCUGCACUUGGGAGUUGGGCAUCACUUCACAAGACAUCAAGGCAAUGUUGUUUUGGUGUAUUGAAUAUUUAAUCUACAUUGUGGAGGUGUGCAACUACAUGUAAGAUUUAAUAUCCAGGGUGUGAUAUGCAGUUUUAUAUUGCACAGAGAUUGGAAUUUAUAAUGCUGUACAGUGAUUUGGGCCAGGGGAAAUCCUCAGUAAAUGUUAACUGCUCCUAUGAUCCCACCCCCUUUUAAUUGUAUGCAGUCUGAUUCCAAAUUACCAAUUCAAUUCAACAGGGUAGUAAAGUUAGCAAUGAAUUAGGAAUUAUGUCUUUGUCAAAUAAUUUUGGCAUGAACAAAAUAAAAUGUUACAUAGGCAUACAAAUAAAAUAAAACACAGAAUGACUUUGCCCUAGGAAAAUAAGUGUCUGCCUGAAGGUUAAAAGGUUUUCUAAAUAGUGACAGC